AAGAUGCGCACCAGAUCGGCCAGCGCCGACAGCUUCAUCGAGACUGAGGCGGACAAACUCGCGCUUGACCAUGUUUGAUAUCCCUACAUCAAUAAGCGGACAUCCCACUGACACAAACAAAGGCCGGACAGAUCUUGGCAUUCGCCGAAGAGUUUGAGGAAAUCAUGAAUGUGUGUAUCGUUCCUGAGGGUCUGGAGAGGGCAUUGAGAAGUCUGUUGAAGAAGAGGUUGGGCAUUGUCCAUUGGAAGGGAGACUUUGAGCAAGAGGAGGAAGAGGAACAACAGCUUGAGCAGAUCGAGGAAGAACAAACCGAUGAAGAGAAAGAGGAGGAAGACCAGAAGAAGCACGACAUCGCUCCCCCCACUACCGAAUUUAUGGCAGACUCUGUAUCGCCAUCCCCCACAUCUCGGUCGAACACGUCCUCCGACUCCUCUGAAUCUCCGGAGCAAGACCCGCGCAUCAACCAGCUCAUCGACCAGCUCCCCGACCAGCUCCCGGCCUCGCCCUCUGCGACCCCGCCAUACACCAAAGUCACACCUCAGCAACUCCUAGACAUCAUGUUUGGUUUGACCGACAUCGAGGGCGGCGCCAAGGUCCUCGAAUAUUUCCACCGUGGUGUUGCUGCUGCCAUCGCUCAGGGUCUUCCGAGCUUCAGAGUUGAAGAUUUCGGCUGCAGUUUCUAUUCACAGAGAGUCUUCAUGUCUUGGGGCUAUGUGGACGUGCCACUCGUGUAUAUCGAGGAGGAGGAGGAGGAGGAGGAGGAGGAGGAGGAGGAAUAUGAAGAUGAGCAUGAGAACCAGCAUGAGCAUGAGAGCGAGCACAUCUCUGAUGAAGAGACGGGUGGUGAUAUGGGAGCAGAAAUAUCUGGAUCACCGCUGAUGGCCAUCCAAGAAGAAGACUUUUCCGAGCAGGAUCAGAGUGAAAGUGAGGUUGAAGAGGAAGAAGAAUAGACUUCGACAUCACCAUUGAUCAACAGCCAAGAGGAGGGUUCUCCUGAGCUUGGCGAGAGUGAGAAUGAAAGUGAAGUUGAAGAGGGAGAAAUCAUCGAGCUAUAGACGCAGUCAUGCCUCGAUUGUAAUGUACGUAAGAAAAGCUUUUGAUGGGGUUGAGAUCAAAUCGGAGUACGUUUAGCUAUUAACAAGAGUUGUUCCUACUUGACUCUGGUCUCGAAAACCGCUUCAUCAAG